GUGUAGUGUCGUUUUCCUCGAUGUCAUGUACAUUUUUGUUUUUCUUCGUUGAACUGGACUUUACCUGUUAGGUUAUCCUGUCGCUUUAUUAUAAUUAUGUAUAUCUUUUUCUUUAUUUCCUUAAUGUUUUUGCUGGUCGAAAUUGAACUGGAGAUGGCGAGUGAGGUCUCUUUUUUUUUUUUUUUUUUUUUUUUCUUAGGUCUUAAGAGCCCAUUUGCUAGCCCUCUAUCCCGGUGGUGGUAACAGAACCAACGGGAUUGAGGUCUUGAGAGUCGGGCUGCCCCAUCUGUUGGUGGCGAGCGGCACCUGCUGGAAACAUGGUCCAGCGUCCCUUAGGACAUCGUUGAUAACCGCGGUUUUCUUGCACAUUCAGUUCAUAGGGCUGUGGCUAUAAAAUACCGGUUAUGUAGAGCUCUUAUUUCUUCCGCAGUAGGGCUGCGAUCUCCCCCUUGGAUUGAACUGGAGAUCAACACAUUGUCAUUUCAUUUGUUGCACAACUUUGCCUUUUCUUUUACAACUUUCUACUUCUUUUUUUUCUGAAUAAUAAAUUGACUCAGAGAGGCGGAUAUUUUUUUUGUGGACUAAAUUGAAGGUAAGUCUCACGAAGAAGAAAAAAUGAGGAUCUUUAAAAGACGUCUACUGUUUUGACAGUCUAUUAGCUGUGGGCGUGGAAGAGAAACAUGGGAGGGGGGCAAGUUUUCGACAUUUGUCUGUUCGUUGAUGACCAUCAUUGGCGGUAGAGAUGUAGGGAGGGGGUUUCGAUCUGCUGCCCUGGAGAAUCGCAAUGUGGACGGACAGUACGUUUACGACGAGAGGUUUUUCUUUUUCGAUAUGCAUUUCCGUUGGUUUUCCACAAUCAACGGCAGCGAUGAUAUGUCGGCGGAGGUAGCUACGUUCGAUCUGCUGUAGUUGGUAUUCGCAAAUUAUAUUCGGAGGUUGUGCGUGUGGAUGAUUGAGGUUCGAUCUGCUGCAGUAGGUUACUAGCAAGUAUGUUCCUUCGAUUUCCACUUUCAACGGCAGAGAUGAGGGCUUAGUUGUCGACCAAGGUAGGGAUUUCAUCCGCUGCAGACGAUGCUUAGCUUGGCUGCUGAUCUGUCAUGUCAAUUAAAACUCAGACGAGCUAGCGGGGGGAUGCAGAGAAGAUGGUAAUCCUCUUGUCUAUUGAAAAUUAGACGAGCAACCGGGGGGGGCUGCAGAGAUGACGAUUCACUCCUCUAUCGGAAAUUGGACGAGCAAGCGUGCGCCUCCGGAGAUGGUGAUUCGCUUCUCCAGAGAGAGAAAAAAGCUGGCUCGUCGAGUUGAUGAGAAACUGUUCGUUUUUCCCCGAAUCGUUACGACUGGGGUUCGAUCUGCUGCAAUAGAUAAUCGCAAUUAUAUUCACACGCCGUGUAUGCUUGGCGGUCGAUUUGAUGUAUCAUCGAUGGUGUUCGAUCUGCUUCAAUAGAUAUUCGCAGUAAUAUUCACACUUCCUGUGUGCUUGGCGGUCGAUUUUAUGUAUCAUCGAUGGUGUUCGAUCUGCUGCAGUAGAUAUUCGCAGUUGCAUCCACACGCCGUGUAUGCUUGGCGGUCGAUUUUAUGUAUCAUCGAUGGGGUUGGAUCUGCCGCAGUUGGUAUUCGCAAUUAUAUGCACACGCCGUGUAUGCUUAGCAGUCGAUUUUACGUAUCAUCGAGGAUGGAUCUGAACGAUACUGCUGAGCGAGUCGAAAAAAACCGUGUCGUCCUCAGCUUUGAAUUCUUCAGCUUGUGCUCAGCUUCGAACUCUUCAGUCUGUUCGCAGCUUCCAACUCUUCAGCUUGCCACUAGUUGAAUGCAGGGUAGCCGGGGGAGUGACACUGAACGAGACGGAACGAAACGGAACGAAACGGGACGAGACCGUGUCAUCAGCUUCGAACACUUUGUACUCAGCUUGGAACUUUUCAGCUUGUAUUCAGCAAGUCAGCGUGCACGAAACGGAACGAAACUGCGACUAGGUAGCCCAGCGGAAUGAGACUGAACGAGACGAAUCGAGACGGAACGAAACGGGACGAAACAGUGUCAUCAGCUUCGAACUGCUUGUACUCAGCUUGUAACUCUUCAGCUGUACUCAACUUCGCACUCUUCCACUUGUCCUCAGCUUCGAACUCUUGAGUUUGUUCGCUGCUUCGAACUCUUCAGUUUGUUCGCAUCUUCAAACUCCAGCUUCGAACUCUUGAGUUUAUUUGUAUUUUCGAACUCUUGAGUUUGUUCGCAGCUUCGAACUCUUCAGCUUGCCACUAGUUGAACGCUAACGAGACGGAACGGAAUGACACUGAACGAGACGAAACGAGACGGAAUGAAACGGGACGAAACAGUGUCAUCAGCUUCGAACUGCUUGUACUCAGUUUGGAACUCUUUAGCUUGUACUCAACUUCGCACUCUUCAACUUGUCCUCAGCUUCGAAGUCUUGAGUUUGUUCGCAGCUUCGAACUCUUGAGUUUGUUGGCAGCUUCGAACUCCAGCUUCGAACUCUUGAGUUUGUUCGCAGCUUCGAACUCCAGCUUCGAACUCUUCAGCUUGCCACCCUAGUUGAACGCUAACGAGACGGAACGGAAUGCCACUGAACGAGACGAAAAGAGACGGGACGAGACGGAACGAAACGGGAUGAAACCGUGUCAUGAGCUUCGAACUCCUUGUACUCAGCUUGCACGGUAGCUCCUGGAUGGAAAGGAACACUACCGGGUCGAAAGAGAUUGGAAGUACAAAGAGGCGCGAUGAAGAUGAAGUCAAGUUUGGCUUGGAGAUUUCGAAACGGAAAAAAACGGAACGAAACGGAAUUGGAAACGUUUUAUAGCGACGCCAUGGCUGCCUUGCUUCUAAGCUAUUGCCACUGUAUUUUCAUUGUUGUUUUUUUUUAAUAGAAAGGGUAAUUUCUUUGUUGAGACUGUGCAAGGCUCGUCACUCUUGCAAUAGGGUUUGGAAGGUGGUGUUGUAAAAGACGUAAUCGUCCUCGUUGGGGCAUUGUUCGUUCGUGACGGGAGUUAUUACAUUUGAUCACUUCGAAUGCAUUUGCUUAGGAUAGGGUUUGCAUCUGGUCCAAGGUCGCGGUCAGAUUCAUCCCGUACAGUCGUCGUUUGAGUACGCGCGAAGCUCUUUUCUUUGUUGAAGUUGCAUCGAAGUAUCGACGUUGUUAAGGUUUUGGAGUUUUCUUUUUCUUUUCUUUUCUUCAAAUUUGUAUUUCCAUUAUAUAUUGAAUAAUUGUUCGGGCUGCCGCUCGUGGGAGGGGCGUGGAGUCUCCCUUUUAUUAUUAUUCCUCUUUUUCUAUUAGAUAUGGCAUUUGAGUUUAUUCUCAUCUUGUUAACAAGGACACACCACGUAAAGCAGCGAGGUUCAAGCUUCAAUAUGCAUGCCGGCAGUGGGGUACAUAUCACUAACGCUAACGUCGUUAAGCGAUUCAUUAAGUUAUCGAGCAAAUGAAGGAAAGCUAAGAAUUUCACUAACGCUAAGCGAUUGGUUACAUCAGCAAGCAAAUAAGGAACGAGAACUUAUGCUCCUGCCCGUUUCAGUAAAAGUUGUUGAUUGAU